AUGGAAACCCUAAAUAUCGGUGGCAAUGAAAAAGACCGAUUUUAUCGGUAUAAAAUGCCAAAACUUAUCUCAAAGAUCGAAGGUAAAGGUAAUGGAAUCAAGACCGUUAUCCCAAAUAUGUCAGAUAUCGCUCGUUCUCUUGGGCGUCCGCCAACUUAUCCGACCAAAUUCUUUGGAUGUGAACUUGGUGCUCAAGUAAAGUGCGAUGAAAAAAAUGACCGUUACAUUGUCAAUGGUGCCCACGAAGCUGCAAAACUGCAAGAAUUUUUAGACGUAUUCAUUAAGAAAUUUGUUCUGUGUGGUGGUUGUCAUAAUCCCGAAACUGAUUUGAUAAUCAGCAAGAAUCAAAAAAUCAUUCGUGAUUGCAAAGCUUGUGGUCAAAGAACUGAUAUUGACAUGCGUCAUAAAUUAGUUACCUUUAUUCUAAAAAAUCCUCCAACCCCACCUAAAGGAAAAGGUGGUAAAAAAGACAAAAAAGCUGCCAGCAAGAAAAAUGGUAACGGUGAACUUGAAAGCCCUACCACUCCUAAGGAGGAAGGAUCUGAAGAAGGUUCUGAAGAUGAACUUACUCGAACCAUCAAUGCAGCAGCAGCAGAACUACCCACCGCCGAUCCCAAUCAGGAUGACGAUGAUUGGGCUGUCGACACAUCUCCAGAAGCUGUUCGCGAUCGAAUUAAGGACUUAGAGAAAGGUGUUAAAGCUGCUUUGGUUAUUAAAGAUAACGAAGACGGGGAAGUCGGUGACGACGAAACACCUGAUGAUAGAGAUCCUCAUGAGCAACUUGCUGAUUGGUUGGAAAAAAAUAAAAAUCUUGGCAGCAAGCUCGAAACCAAAGAAAUUUACAAGAAAACAAAAGAAUUGGGUAUUCCUAAAGAAAGCAAUAAAGUCUUGCGAGUACUUGUCUUGGGUCUUUUUGAUGAGAGUUUCCGUAAGGAUACUGUAAUCACUAAACAAAUUCACAAAAGAACUAAAUUGUUUCAGAAGUUUAUACUAAACCCCGAUGAUCAACGUUAUCUAUUGGAGGCUACCGAAUACCUUGUUGGUGUGAAACACAAAGAAUUAUCGGAAAGCAAGAUUAUAUGCAAAAUUUUGAUGGAGUAUUACCAAAAUGAAUUGGUCGAAGAAGAUGUAUUACAAAUUUGGCUUGAAGGAAAAGAAUCUCCAAAGUACAAAAAAUUAUUUAAAGAAACAGCCGAUGGUGAUUCUGUCGAUCCUCAGAUUAGUAGAGAUAUUCGUAAUAAAGCCAAACCAUUUGCUAAAUGGUUGAAAGAAGCUGAAGAGGAUGAUGACGACGAUGACGAAUAA